GUGAGGGUGAGGAGCAGAGAGAGUUCUCUGAGGCUGGAGAGCACGAGGCAGUUCUGGAGAAGGAUUAGGAGGAUAUUGGAAUUGUACCAGCUGAAGACGCUGCUGUAAACUUAACCUGACUACUGCCUAUUUCACACACCAUCGAUGGUUGUCCUGAGGAUCAGAAAUGCACACAAAAGGAAAUACGCGCUUAUCUGCCUGUGCAUUGUUGGCUUCAUCAUGUACAGAUAUCUUGGCAUGCCAGCAGGGGGACGGAGGAUGAGCAGGAAGGUGGGCCUGAGCGCCAACUCCUCCCAGUUCACUCUGGAGGGACAGCCCUUCACCAUCCUCGGAGGAUCCAUCCACUAUUUCCGCGUCCCAAGGGCCUACUGGAGGGACCGCCUGAUGAAAAUGAAGGCCUGUGGCAUCAACACCCUCACUACGUAUGUGCCGUGGAGUCUGCACCAACCAGAGAGGAAGGUUUUCAACUUCCACACACAGCUGGAUUUGGAAGCUUAUAUCAGUCUGGCUGCUGAAUUGGGAUUGUGGGUGAUUUUACGUCCCGGGCCCUACAUAUCCUCUGAACUGGACCUAGGAGGACUGCCAAGCUGGCUCCUCCGUGAUGGAAGCAUGAGACUGAGGACGACUUACCCAGGCUUCACUCAGGCUGUCAACACUUUUUUUGACAAACUUAUACCGAAAGUGGUUCGACUGCAGUUCAAGAAGGGAGGCCCCAUUAUUGCAGUGCAGGUUGAAAAUGGGUAUGGAUCCUUUGCAAAAGAUGAAAGUUACAUGCUUUUUAUUAAAGAGGCUUUACAGUCCAGAGGGAUCAGUGAGCUCUUGCUCACAUCAGAUGACCACAACACAUUAAAGUCAGGGGGUGUAGAUGGAGCCAUCAGGUCAGUCAAGUUGCAGAAGCUGAAUCAGAGAGACAUCCAGGAUCUGAAUGCUAUCCAGCCCAACAGCCCUGCAAUGGUGAUGGACUAUUGGACCGGCUGGUAUGAUGUGUGGGGUGACCUCCACCACGUGCUUCCUCCAGAGGAUAUGGUGUCCACUGUGAGGGAAAUUCUGAGGCGAGGCAUGUCUGUUAACCUCUACAUGUUCCACGGAGGCUCCAGUUUUGGCUUCAUGAGUGGAGCUCUCGCUGAUCCUUCCUACAAAGCAUUGGUUCCCAGCUAUGAUUAUGAUGCCCCCCUAUCUGAAGCUGGGGAGUACACUCCAAAGUACCAUCUCCUUAGAGAUCUACUUUCUCGCUACAACAGAGGUGAGAGUUUCCCUGACAUGCCAGCCCUGCAUUACAGAGAGGCUUAUGAACCAGCUAUCAUGUACCAGCAUCUGUCCUUAUGGGAUGCUUUGAGCUUUACUGAGGGACCAUUUAAAUCACCCAAGCCAGUAAACAUGGAGAGUCUACCUGUGAAUAAUGGGAAUGGCCAGUCCUAUGGGUACACGCUGUAUGAGACUACCAUCACUAGUGGAGGAUUACUGAAGUCUGGAGACCAUGUCCGAGACCGAGCCCUGGUGUUUGUGAACAGAAGCUACAUUGGCCUCUUCAAACGCCAGAGCGUGGAGCUGGCAGUUCCUGAUGGUAAGGGACGGCGUACCUUGAGUUUAUUGGUGGAAAACUGUGGACGGGUUCACCAGGGAAGGGACCUUGACAAACAACAUAAAGGCCUUGUGGGAGACAUUUUAUUAAACAAUAUGCCCUUGCGGGAUUUUACAAUAUACAGCCUGGAUAUGAAACCCAGUUUUAUUGAUAGUCUUUAUCAGGCACCAUGGAAAACUCUUCCUGAAACUCCCAGCUUCCCUGGAUUUUUCAUGGGGAGGCUAUUUGCAUAUGGGUAUCCAAGUGACACAUUUGUGAAGCUGCCAGGCUGGGAGAAAGGUGUUGUGUUUAUCAAUGGGCUGAAUCUGGGCCGCUACUGGUCCAUUGGCCCCCAGCAGGCUCUCUACCUCCCUAGUCCCUUUCUCAACAGUGGAAUCAACCAGGUACAACUGUGCACAAACCAGCAUUUUUUUUUUUUUUUUUUUUUUUUUUUUAUUACAAAUGAUAAGAUUGACACUGCUCUCAUAGCUGAAUGCUAAGCAACCAUUAGCUUACCCUGGCAUAAAGAAAACAUGGGUACACAGCUAGCCUGGCUCUUUCUCAUAACAAAACCUGCUAUAACAGCACCUCUAAAACAGAUUAAUAAACAGAUUAAUAAGAGCUUAUAAAGUUAUAUUAUGUCAAUAAGUGAGCUUUAGAGGUGCUGGUGGGCAGAUCUUGAUGUCUUUGGAUGGAACCAGAUGAGCUGUUGCCCCAUGUUCCCAGUCUUUCUGCUAAACUAAGCUGGCUCCUUACUCUUGCUUCUUUUUUUAGCAUGCAGACAUGAGUGGUAUUGAUCUUGUUUUAUGUUCAGCUAUUCCUUUAAGUGUUUUUCCUUGAAUUAUAAUGGACUUCGAAGAUUAAUUUGACAUUUAUAGUGUUGCAAGUCAGAGUGUCUUUACAGGCUUACUGUCUCUCACUUUUUUUCUAUUUAAAUCAAUAAGGUCAUUGUGUUUGAGGAGCAAGAGGGAGACUACAAGGUCCACUUUGAGGAUACACCUGAUCUUGGCAUGGCAGCAGACAUCCAGUGACUGUCUUCAGCUCCUGUAUGAGCCCUGUUUUUGUGUGAAAGUGUGUUGUUUUACAAAGUGCUUAUCACAUCAGAUUGAACCUUCACCUGUAAAAUCUAAAAAUGUACAUAAAUGCACACAUCUCAAUAUUCAGCCACUUCAUCUAUCAAUGGGGCAUGUUUAUAGCUAUGUACAUAUAAUACCUUUAGUUCCAGUGACUCUUGACACAGAGAAAAAUCACCAGGUACAUCCUCUUGCCUGUGAAUUCCCAGUUAAAGAGUAAUAUUUUCUGUUUGGGGUUGGCAGUUAUGUGUCAUAGUAUUAUAUUUAUAUUGCUUGUGUGAAUAUUCUGUUGAAUGUGUCAUCUAGCAGUUACUGUCCUGGAAACAUCUUCGCCUGUAAAACAAAACACAGGUUUAUGGGAUGACAUGAGCUGAGGCAGAAGUGAUGUGAACACCUCUCAAAUGAAACACAAGCAACAAAGUAGCAACAUCAGACCCUUAUCUAAAAGAGAAAGUUCAAGGUUUUAGAUGCUUGUCACAUCGAUAACUGACCAAACUCUUAACAGUCACAGAGUCUUGAGUGAACAAUUAGCAUUUGUAAGCAGUGCCACUGCAAGUCAAUGGGGUAUAAAAUCAUCACUUACAAACCAGCCAUCCAUGGUGGGAAUAAUUAGACUUUGUAAUACAGCUAUUUGAAAGGAUGCACAUCCAGUUUUUAGAGUAAUGACUUCAUAUCCUAUUGACUCUCACAAGCGUACUAACAAGUGAAUGGUACCAGACAGUUACACUGAAACAAUAAAUAAUUCUGCCUUCAGUAAACCUUCAGUUUACUGAAUGGGUUUUUUGAUUAGCUUAUGAGGAAGCCUGUGAAGUGAACAGUCCCCCAGGAACACUGAAUCUUCUCCUAAAUAUGAGUAGACCUCAGUUGUGUUACAGCAUAUCAGGAAUAAACAAAAGCUUGGAGUAAUUGUUGUUACACCAGAAUAAAUCACUGCUCUGUUUUUGAGUG